AUGGAAGCUGUAAUACCUGCAGAAGUGGGAUCUCCAAGCUUCAGUGUAGCUCAUUAUAAUCCGGGAUUGAACGAGGAAGGGGUAACUUUGCAUCUGGAUUUAUUACAAGAACGGUACAAUGAUGCUAGCAUAGUAUGGACUGCUUAUCAGCGUCGCGUUGCCAAAUAUUUUGAUAAGAAGGUCAGGCUCAGGGAAUUUAAGAUUGGUGAUUGGGUUUUGAGGAAAGUCAACCUCAUGACUCGAGAGCCUGACAAUGGUAAGUUAGCUCCGAAAUGGGAAGGAACUUACAGAAUCACCAGUACCAGCAAGAAUGGCGCUUACCACUUGGUCACAAAGGAAGGAAGACCGGACUGUAAGCGAGCAGAGCUACUCGUGAGCAUACUCGGACUCGGCUCGACGAAGCUCGACUCGGGAUCGUCUGCUACCACUCUGUCCAUGGACGAGUUGAUAGUUAAUGUAGACGAAGGUUCAUUUGAUGCGAACCUAAAUCUGAUGAAUAUUGCAUUAGAUGAUGAUGAUGGACUUGUAAGUCUUGAAUCACCUGAUGGAGAUGCUGUCCAGCCUGUCCAGCAUAUCCCCAGUGGGGAAAGUGCUUGUGCGGCUGAGGAGGUUCAGGAGGGUAAUGAUCCUCAAAAGCAUGCUUAUGAAAGGAAGCCAAGGAAGAAGACCUCUCCAAUUUGGAAGGACUUUAAGGAAUUACUACAAUCUGGUGUGAAGAAAGCUCAGUGCAUUCAUUGUAAAUCUAUCAUUGGCAUUCCUGCUUCGGGUGCCACAACUCAAUUUCAUAGACACUUGAAUAGCUGUAUUCCACGCAUAGCAGCUAGAAAGAAGCAGAAGGUGAUUACAUUUGACUCUGAUUGUAGCAGUGUGGGUUCCGGAUCAUGUUUUACUUAUGAUCAUAAGAAGGUACGAGAGCUUGCUUCUCAUAUGAUACUUUACCAUGAGUAUCCUUUUAUGGUAGUGGAACAUGUUUUGUUUAACAAGUUUAUGAGGGCUAACACUCCUUAUUGGCAAAAGAUAUCUCGUACAACUGCUAAAAGUGAUUGUAUAUCUACUUAUGAAAUAGAGAAAAAUAAGCUGAAAAAUUUGUUGAGAAAUGUUAACAAAGUAAACAUAACUACUGAUAUGUGGACUUCAGGCCAGAGAGUGUCUUAUAUGGUAGUUACAUGUCAUUUUGUUGAUUCUUGGUGGCAUUUACAAAAACGUGUUUUGAACUUUUUUAAUGUCCCACCCCCUCAUAGUGGUGUUAUAAUUGCUGAUGCACUUCAAAAGAGUUUCAUUGAGUGGGGAAUUGAGAAUAAAGUAUCUACAAUAACAGUAGACAAUGCAAGAAACAAUGAUGUGGCCAUUCGAAUUUUAAAAGAUGAUUUUACUUUGAAAAAGACAUUAGCUGUUAAGGGACAACUCUUUCAUGUACGUUGCUGUGCUCAUAUUACUAAUCUGUUGGUGCAAGAUGGUAUUAGUCAAAUUGGAGAUAUUGUGGAUUGUGUUAGGGAUGGUAUAAAGUAUAUAGUUGCAUCGGAGGGUAGGUUGAAGCAAUUUGCUGAAAUUGCAAAGCAGUUGCAAUUGUCCUAUAAGAAAUUGAUUUUAGAUGUUCCUACUAGGUGGAAUAGCACUUAUAUGAUGUUGUCUACUGCAUUAGAGUUUAGGGAGGUAUUCCCAAGGUAUGAAGAUAGGGAUCAAAGCUUUCGUUGGGUGCCAAGUAUUGAUGAUUGGGUUAAAGUUGAGAAUGUUUGUCAUAUUUUAGAGGUUUUUAAUGAGGUGACAAAGAUAGUAUCAGGGAGUAAUUAUCCAACUUCUAAUUUAUUUCUUCCUGAGGUUUGGAGAAUAAGAGACGUGUUGGGUAAAAAAUCUAAGGAUGCCAAUGUUUAUGUAAGAACAAUGGUAGAAAAAAUGUAUUUGAAAUUUGAGAAAUAUUGGGGGGAAUGCAAUCUGCUCAUGGCUGUUGGUGCAGUUUUGGAUCCAAGGUUUAAGUUGAAACUUGUACAAUUUUGUUUCCCUGAAAUUUAUCAAGAGCCUGAAGCCACAAGAAAUGUUGAAAAGGUAUAUAGUGUUUUAAAUGAGUUGUAUGGUGAGUAUGUUGAUGCCCACAACUUAUCUGCUGCCCCAAACCGUGGGCAUCAAAGUAAUUCUAAUUCUGCUUCAUCUUCAAGUGAUGGUUCAUCUAGUGGUGUUCAAAGGAGCACUAAAAGUGGAAUGGCUAUGUUUAACUCUUUUGUAAGAAGUGUUGAUACCUUUCAACCUGUGAAGUCGGAUAUGGAAAUUUAUUUGGACGAAGAUGUUUAUAUCUGUGAUGAGGGUGCUGAUUUGAAGUUUGAUGCUUUGGAGUGGUGGAAAUCCAAUCAACUUAAGUACCGCAUUUUAUCCAAGAUGGCACGGGACAUCCUUUCAAUUCUUAUCACUACAGUGAGUUCAGAAUCAACAUUUAGUGCUGGUGGAAGGGUCAUUGAUCCCUAUCGUGCAUCUUUAUCUACUAAAACUGUUGAGAUUCUGCUGUGUGGAGCUGAUUGGGUUCGAGCACUACAUGGACUUAGUAAAUCUUCUAAUUUGGAUGAACCUUCUUUGGUGGAGAUUGACUUACCUUAGUGCUGGAUUGUGGAG